AUGCCUCCACGCCUUCGCAAAGUAUACAAGAAGUGUCACCUCCUCUCCCUUCCUCGCGAAAUCCGAGAUAAAAUCAGUCGAUAUGUCCAAUGGGGGCAGCUGAACAAACAAUCGAAUGCGAGGCUUUCUCAGGACCACAACAAAAGACCACAUGAUAUGAUUAUGCCUAGAGUUGGGCUUCUUUUCGAGCACGCUCAGUUGCAAGAGAUCGAUCCUGAGAGGCGGUUCCAGCCAGACUCCGAAGACAUACUCAUACUUGCGCGAACCUGUGAACAGCUUUACGAUGAAUCAAUUGAAAUAUUUUUCGGCGAAAACACAUUUUCGUUCAUAGGUUGUUGCAAUUUAUAUUGUUACCUAUAUAUGAUUGGAACACAGAGGCGAGCAUGUCUUCGACGAGUGCAUUUCCAUUUUGCUGGUUGUCAAACUUCGGAAGCUUUCCAGUUGCUUGGCGAAUGUAAAGCAUUGAGAAGCCUUCAGAUAGCGGUUUCUAGGCAAACAAUGUCUAGCAGUAGGCAGCCACAAAGAGAUCUAAUGACGGCCAGAGGUGCUUCCGCAUUGAGAAAGAUAAGAGGAAUGGAAAAUUUGGUGGUAGAGGUGGUAGAGGGGGUGCGGUUCUAUCGUGGUAGGGAACUCUCGCCAUAUUUUGAACCGGAACAUAUUCAAGCAUUUGCAAGUACACUGGCGGAAGAGAUGAGGAUGGUGGAGGUUUCGGAAAAGGACCAAGGUGGAUCAUCGGAAAGAAAGCUGCAUUCAAAGUCAAAGUCCGAGAAAUCUAAACCCACCAAGCUCUCGGGAUCCAGAAGUCUACGCUCCGGCAGAGUUCAGAAGUCGAGACGAUUACCCAUGAAAAAAGUGGCAGAAAAGGCAAAGGUCAAUGGAAAGAGGGAAUAA